ACAGAAAAUGGUGAGGGGAUCUUGGGGGUGGAUGUAGAAUGUGAUGCUCAUUUAUUUAAUUGACAUGACUUCGAUUGACUGUCUCUUUAGAGCUGUGUAUGGAUCCCUCAAGGGUAGGGUUAUAAUAGACAACAUGCAGAUAGAGACCUUCAGGAAAGAAAGGGGAGUGACAGAGAUGUCGCCUUGCCCUGUCCAGCCUGUAGACAUCAAUGACUGACCAACUCUCUUGAAACAGUUCUCCAAACCAGGGCUCCGACUGAACAACAGAGGUAGAAACUGGGGAUGAUAUGCUCCCCCACAUAAGCUGGCCUCCAGAGAAACUGACAACAGUUAGAAGCAUAUGGCAAUGCUUGGACUUUGCAAGUCAAUUUAGGAUAAACAAAAAAUGUUCAUCUACAAAAUGCCCAAAGACCAGCCGACUAAACUAUGCUUUAUAAAUGCUGGGGUAGAACCCACACGGAGCUCUACCUAGAUGGGCCUCGGAAGUGCAGACUGCUGACAAACACAGGAGCAGAAGAAGCCUGUAGGGCUUAAGUGCCAUUAACAAAAGCCACAGGCUAAAUAUCACCAGAAAACUACUAUGAAAAUGACCUGACAGCAUAAUCCAACCCGUCCUGGAAUAUGGAAGCAAAGCCAGGGGCCUGACCUUAACGGCCAUCUACAACAGCUGGGGCAAGAAACCUACAGUCCCGCAAGCAAAUUAUACAUGUGUACAAGAAUUCACCCAACGAUGGCUGGACAGAACGGAGAUUUUUUUUUCUCUUUAGAUCAUAUGAAAAGAGCACUCAGUUUCUGAUGUCUCCACACUCAAAGCCGCUAAAUGACUACUCUAUAGAAUUACUCCAGGCUUCAACAGCGCUGCCUUUGGGAUCAGUGACAGUGGGUUGUGGAGGGGGUGUAGGCAGGAGGCGCUUUGGAGAAGGGAUUGAGAUGUGAGCAGAGGGGGGCAAGGAUGUAUGUGUUAAAGGCUGCGCUCUUUUUCUAGCCAAAGGGGAAGGUGGGAACCAAAGGCAAAAAGCAGAUUUUUGAAGAGAACAAGGAGACUCUGAAAUUCUACCUGCGGAUCAUCCUUGGUGCUAAUGCCAUUUAUGCAGUUGUGAACCUGGUGAUCUUCUACACAACAGCCUCCUUCUGGACCUGGGUUGCUCUGAUAGGCAGUGCAUAAGCCAUGUUUCCCUGGACACACAGACCCCGUGAGGGGCUUUUACCCAGCUGAGACGAGAACAUCUUCACUGAUCAGAAAUGUUGCGUUUGUGUUUAGCAUGGUGAUCUACGGUGCCAGUUACCGCUCCAUGAGCUCCAUGGCAAAGGCAUCUUUCACGGACGAUGGCAACCUUGCUGACGGGGGAAUUGACCUGAAUAUGGAGCAGGGGAUGGCAGAGCACCUCAAGGAUGUGAUCCUACUGACAGCCAUUGUCCAAGUGCUCAGCUGCGUCUCCCUCUAUGUCUGGUACUUCUGGCUCUUGGCGCCAGGACGGGCUCUCUAUCUCCUGUGGGUGAACAUCCUGGGGCCCUGGCUCACGGCCGACUCUUCAGCUGCCACCCAGGAGCCAAAUGAGAAGAAGCAACGCCGCCAGGAGCGCCGCCAGAUGAAGCGUUUCUAGCUACACACGUGGGGGUGGAUUCGAUCUAAUUCACCAUCUCCACCUGGUUACUUCAUCAGGGAUGCGAUUUAAACCAAUCAGAAACCAUCACAGUGUCUGUCACCCUCUCAUCAAUCCAUUCCACUCUAAAGGCUGCCAGAGACUUCCCUUGACUGCUUCUGAUGGUCACGUCAGGGGCUGCUCCACCACUUGGGGCCUUACUUGACAAGGGGGAGGGAGGUUACGAUGGGAUAUGUGUAAAUAGCUUUUUCAAGCAAUGGUGUAAUGAGUUUGGGGAUUGGGAAUUGCCUUGUUGGAGGAAAUAUAUUAAAGAGGAGAAUCUAAGCGA